UCCUUUUCUUCUGACAGACAGACCAAAGACUGACCAUGAAUGCACGAACUACACUAGCUACAGUGGGACCGUGGUGUAAAUCCGCCUAAAUGUGAUGACUAAGUCAGCUACACAGUGACUAAGUCAGCCAUGAGCUCAAGCACACUGUCUGCUGUGAUAGAGAAGCUGAUUCGCAGCCUAUGUCUGAAUGACUUUCCCGGUGGAAAUGGCACAUGGAGAAACACCAAAGGGAGUGCGGAGCGAGCAGAGAUGGAGUCCACAGAUGCUCUCCUGGAUCUGCUGAGCUGCCCUCAUUCUCCAUGGCGCCAUGAUGCAAUGUGGAGCCCUCAAGCUUUGCCUCUCAGACAGCUGGCAGUGCUCACACCUGAACGCCUCCACGCCCCCUUCAUUUACAACUACUUCACUUCACUUCGUAUUGUUGACAGAGACGUAACAGCCAUUGACGGUGGUCUGUUGAAGUUCUCAAAGCUGGAGGAGCUGGUGCUGAAUGCUAACAAAAUCUCAGAAGUACCCACAGUACACCUUCCCGGCACUUUAAAGAUUUUGGAGCUACGUGCAAACCGGCUGUCGUCUUUAGACAGCCUCACCAGCGGUGCUCCUCCUCCCCACCUGCAGUACCUCGGCCUCGGCUCAAACACUCUGGGUUCCCACAAUGAUGUCACUCAUCUUACUGGAAGACAGUGGCCACAGCUGGUGUGUCUGGACCUCAGCGACUGUGGGUUUCAGGACCAGCCAGCUCUGCUAAAUGGCUUGAGCACCCUGCCUUGCCUCAGGACGCUGCUGCUGGAGGGAAAUCCUUUCGCGCUUGCGUCUUCAUACCCAGGACUGACUGUGGACAGCCUCCCGCAGCUUUCCUGUCUGGACACCUCAUGGAUUUCCCCGGAGGAGAGGAUUCGCUUUAGGGGCUUGGCCAAGAUGAGUGGCCUGGCAGUAGGCAUAGCGUCACCCACAGUGAGCGUGGGCAGGAUGAUGGGAAUUCCAGAUCCUCGGAUGACUGUGGAUGACAAAGCUCCCGUUUUCCCUGUGGUCAGCUACCACUAUUUUAUCACCUACGAGUUCCUGAGGCAUCAGACACCUGCUCACUCGAAACUUGACACUGAGACAAAAUCUGACACAAGAUCUGUGACUGAAGGCCAACGAUCAAACGAGAACGGCGAAAAACAGACGUCCAAACAAGAUGGCGGCAUUCUGAACUCAGAGAAACCCAGUUGUGGCAACACAUGUGAAGUGUUAAGGCACAGCACGUCCAAGCUGUCGUGGUCAGAGAGCAUGGACUUCGGUGACACGCAAACCCACACUGUGAGCGCUCUGGGAGAUUUAAAGAAAUUCCUCAAUCGGGGACUGCGUUUAUGCUUAGAGGAAGAAAAGGUCCUGUCGUGGCCUGCAGCUUCUGAAGAAGUCCCGCUGACCAAAGCCAACCAAACUGGAAAAGAGAAGAAAGGCAGGAGGGAGAAAGAAUCUCCAGUUAAAUCUGAUUUCACCAAGUCUAAAGACAAAAAUAAAAAAUCUGUAGCUGAGCUGGUCCAAGAUGCCCCGAUCAGACGAAUCCUUGGCUCCGUGCACAUCCCCCUGCAAAGCCUGGUCAGAGGAGGCCAGCAGGUUAAAGUCCUCUGUGACUUUGGCAUGCUGCACACAGACUCUGAGGUGGAAGCAACACAAACACAUCAAAAGGCAAGUUUGCACAUAUGA